AUGACCAGAAAACUCCCUGACACACUUCUCUUCUUCCCCAUACAAAGGCUCCUGCAUCCAAUACACAUAAAUGGCAUUCCUGCAUAUGCCGCCUCUCCAUCAACAUGGAAAGUGAAGAACGCGUACUUCAUAAAGGAGGAGGGUUCAGGAGGCUACUUGUCAUCGAUUAGCCAAGUAAGGAUGUAUAAAUCGAUUAAUUUCGCGCAGGUUCCUCCCUUGUUGAGGAGAACUUUGACAAAUUCAAGCUAUCCAAAGAAACCCACCACCGCAACUCGCCCUGCUGCCUCUAAGACAUACAGCUCGUAUGUGAAGAAGCCCUUGACUUCUGCUGCUACAUCUGCUGCUCCUGCUGCGGGCUCUGCUUCGUCCAUUUCCCCCUCAGCCAGUGCUGCUAAGGCAGCUGCAUCCACUCCAAGCUCGACCGAGUCCGCUACUACAGUAUCUCCAGGCUUCAAGCUAAACGACUCGCCCCUCCCCCAGGCCAGCAAUGCGCAACUGAUCGAUUGGGCUGACUCGUUCCACGGAAUCGGUACGGCACCCUUUGCCAGAGAAAUCGCCGACAUUCUCCUUGCCCCUAUUGAGAACGACGACAUCGAAAUCAAGCCAGACGGGCUCAUUUACCUCCCAGAAAUCAAGUACCGUAGAAUAUUGAAUAGAGCGUUCGGUCCAGGAGGCUGGGGGCUCGUCCCAAGAACAGAGUCUUCUGUCUCUCUCAAGCAGAUUACCAGGGAUUACGGAUUAAUAUGCCAUGGAAGAUACGUGAGUGUUGCCCGUGGGGAGCAGGACUACUUUGGUGGGGAAGAGAAGAUUGCUACGGCAUUGGAAGGAUGCAAAAGUAAUGCAUUGAUGAGAUGUUGCAAAGAUUUGGGAAUCGCCAGUGAACUUUGGGAUCCUAGCUUCAUUAGAAAGUGGAAGGCCAAGUACGCAGAUGAGGUGUUUGGAGAGCACGUCGUGACAAAAAAGAAGAAGAAGUUGUGGAAGUUGAAGAGCAUAAAGAGUUUGGAUUAUCCGUAUAAGCAGUGCUAG